AGAAGAAGAAGAAGAGGAAGAAGAAGUAGAAAAGGAAGGCCCACGCGGUGCUAGAGCUAUCUUUUUCUGUCUAUGUGCUAGAGUCUCAAUUUUUCAAUUUCAAUUUGUCUUGGAAAAUGGCUAACCCAAAGGUUUUUUUCGACCUUACUGCCAAUGGCCAGGCAGUUGGUAGAGUUGUCAUGGAGUUAAGAGCAGAUGUUGUCCCUAGAACAGCAGAGAACUUCAAGCAACUGUGCACAGGAGCCCCUGGAUUUGGCUACAAGGGAUCAACAUUCCAUCGUGUCAUCCCUAACUUCAUGUGUCAGGGUGGUGACUUCACAAAACACAAUGGAACAGGUGGGAAGUCUAUCUAUGGUAACGAAUUUGCAGAUGAGAACUUCACCCUGAAGCACACUUGUCCUGGAAUCUUGUCCAUGGCCAAUGCUGGGCCCAACACAAAUGGCUCUCAGUUCUUCAUCUGUACUGAGAAAACCUCCUGGCUUGAUGGAAAGCACGUUGUGUUUGGAAGUGUUGUGGAAGGCAUGGAUGUUAUCAAGAAAGUGGAGACUUAUGGCUCAAACAGUGGCAAGACCAGUGCCAAGAUAGUUGUUGCAAACUGUGGCCAGCUGUAGAGCUGUACAUGGUCUUAAGUCUAUUCUUGAUAUUCUCCCUUCAAUAUCCCCUGUAAAGUGUUACAUUCCAAGCAUUUAGGGUGUGUGUGGGUUGUGCUUCUUUGUCCUUUUUUUCCCCCAAUAUUAAAUGUGUUAAAUAGUAAAUACCUAUCUACAGCCUUUCUGUGUUCAGAAUUUACCUUUUUUUAUGUGUCAUCUGAUCUAUUCAAAGGGUUUUACUCAAAUGUUUUUGGGUCAUCUUAUCUAUUCAAAGGGUUACUGAAAUAAAGUAGAACAAUAUUCCCAAA